AAUUCUAUCCACGAUCGGAUCGGGAUCGUUACCGUUUUGUCGUCACGGAUUUCUCGGUUCUUUCUUUACCAAAUAUCUAAUAGGAAUAACUUUAAUACAUUGAGUAGUGUUGAGCUAUUGAUUCUUUAAUGAAAUUCCGUGAUCGUGGUACUCGAGUACUAUGUCUACGUUCUCUGGUUUUAGUGAAGAAGAGUUGAAACGAAUCAAGUCCGGUGAAACUGGCUCAAACAGCGCUCCUCAAAUAAACACCACAAAUGUGAAGAAGCUAGACAAACUAGGUUUCAGACCAAAGAGAGUCACAAGCCAAUACAAACUGCCGAUCCUACAGAAACACAAUUCUGACGACGCUAUAGAUGACAUUGAGUUCGACAAAUGUAAACUCAGUCUUAGAUCUCCAACAACACCUGUACGAGACAUUACAGAAACUAGCAAUGACAAUAACAAAGAGAAUCUUGAUAAAAACGACAACAUCAAAACAGAAUUUAGUAAAGAAAAUAAUACAGAACCAGUAAACACAAGUAGUAAUAAAAUGGUUGAUGAAAAUAAAGAUACAGUUAAUAUAGAUAGGAAAAACAGCACAGAUGUUACACCGGAUAUUGUAAGGGGAGUUGAUAAUUAUUCAGCGGAUGAACUUGAGAACCAUAAGGUUAAGCUAGAAGAAUUGCAACUGAGACAGAAACUGAUGGAAGAACAGAAUAAGAAAAGAAAGGAAAUGCUUGCUAAAGCACUGGCUGAUAGGACCAAACAAACAACUGAGGAGGUGAUGAGAUUAGAGAAAAUCAAGAAGGAACUACAAGUAUUGGACAGCCAGUUCUCACAAGAUGUGGCGGUGUUGAGGCAGAAGAUUGACCAAGCGUGCUUGAGCUAUGCUGAUGCUGAAAAACACUACCUAAAAGUCGAAAAAGAAUUCCUGCAAGCGAAAAUUCAUUUACAAAAAGAAAAAGAAAAGAAGGAGUUACUAACAGAACACUUAUGUGCGUUAAUCACACACAACGAAACUAGGAAAGCUCAGAAGUUAGAAACUUUAAUGUUAGAACUAGCGACAGAUAAAAAAGUCGAUCAAAUAGAAGUCAGUGAUGUGAAAGUUGAAGAGAAAGAUGAAAGUCCAGUGAUAGUUGAUGGUGUUGAUGAAAGAACUGGUAAGAUGGUUGAAUUUACACCUGAAAGUUAAUAUUUUUAUCAUAUUUUUUGAACAUCGAAUGUUUACGAAAGAAUUUGUUUCGUUUAUGGGAGUGAAAGCUACAGAGGCCUUGUCAAAAAAGUUUUAAUAUUGCCUAUUGGCAAUACUGGCUGGUAUGUUCUAAAUUCAAGUUUUUUUGUUUACAUUGAUGGUUGAAUAUGUAUCUAGUGUAUUAUUGGUGCAUUUAAGUAAUAGAUAUCCUCAUAGACUGUACUGCUGUCUUUAAAAUACUAUUUUAAUUUUCUUGUCAUAAUAACUUUUAAUUAUAGUCUAACUUAUUUUAAUGUGUCAAUAGGCGUAAAUAAGGAACCUGAGAAACCUAUUUUUCAUCUGAUUCUUAUUGUAGCUAUAAUGGCAACGAAUUUUUAUAUUUAGGCAACUAAGUGUAUUUUUGUAGUGUUGUAUGUGCCUUAUGUUAAUGUACCUUAUACAUGCUUGAGUUGUAUAAUGUUUUAGAGAAUUUACCCAUAAUGAAACAAAAUAGAAUGAUGCUCAAUUUGCAUAUAAUAUUUGAGAGCGGUAAAUCAUAUGCAAUGCAUACGCCUCAUUUCAAAUAAUAUAGAUCCUUAAACCAUUUAAUCUGUCAAUGAUGACAAAAAAUAUAUUCUGCAAAUAAAAAAACUAUGUUCAAGAUACAACUCAAGCAUAACCUAGUUAUAAAGUAUUAUUAAGUUAUUUAAUAGUCGUGUAGAACAUGACAAAGCAUUAGUAAUAUAGAAAACUCUUAUUAUGUAAGGUUGAAGAUUUUCGGCCAGUUGUACUAAAACCAAAAAAUAAAAGUAACUAUUUUUAUCUGACAUUAUUAUAGAAAAUAUAUUUUCAUAUAAAACUUCAGAGAUUAUGGACAUUAUAUGUUUAUCUUUAUUUAAAUUAUAUUGAUAUUAAUAAAACAAAUUAGUUCUCAAUUA